AUGGUGACGUCACAUCCCCUAGUGAUAUCACGAUGUAUCGUGGUAUAUAAGCCAGAGAUAGUGCAGGUGUUAGGCACCUUCCUCAGGCACCUAGCGGCUCCUCGUCCAACAAACUCGUAUGCAUCUCAUCAGACUCGUGGAAAGCAAGAAACCACUUCUUUGUUGCUGGUCCUCGUCACGACGGCGGCGCAGGAGGGUCUUGGCGCACAACGCAGCUGUGAAUACGGAAGAAGGCAAACGGCCAGGAAUAUUGUAGAUAUUGCUACAAGAGUCACAUACCGUAUUGAGAGCUUCAAAGAUGGCUUCGUACAAGGUAUCCUAGGCAUGGACUGGAAUACAGCCAACCAGUACCUACCCCCUGGCCAUGUCGAAGAUGAGUGUCUACCUCCUCCGCCACCUUCUCCCGGCACGUACUCCGUUCGGAUCACAGACGAGUUGUUGAGCACGUACUCCAUGAUGCAGAACUACAGCACGGCUCUCCAUCACCUCACGCUCGACCGAGUGCUCAACAUAAUCCAGACCACAGACUACAAUGAGGAUGUGAGUGAUGUCUCUGACUACUUAGACCUGCUCAUGAACCAUCUGAGACAAGGCAUCAUCUGCCGCAACAGAAGUCCCGACAAUCAAGAGACAGAGAGAAUCAUGAAGAGAAUCUACAUCGAUAUCGGGCCGGACAGGCACUCGAGGGACUUCGCCAUCCUCAGGGACACCCUCGAGCGCCUCGACACACUAAUCGAAGUGCUGACAACUUUUUUCCACAUGCAUGCGUAUUUCACUAACAUCAACAAGAGGCUAACGCAGACCAUAGGUCUACCUUUCGUUUCCAGCCCGAAGUCCCUCAUGGCGAGUUCGAGAAGAACACUCGGCCCAUCUCUAAUUCCUCGUGACGGGUCUUCUCGAGCUGCACAAGCAGGACCUCUAGGUCGUCCCACAAGACUCCUCCACGCAGGAUUAACCCGGAAAUACCUUAAUGGGCAGGGUCAUUCACAGGGUAGGCAAGCUAGUUGCCCAUAUAGCCUGAGAUUGGCGAUAUCGGAUUAUGUAAAGAACCAGGUCCCACCAGUCCACGGUGUAGCCAUCGGUUAG